AUGAGUGGGGGGAGCUUUGGACCAAGUGGUGGUGGUAUCUGUGGGGGAUAUGGUGGUGGUGCUGGAGGAUUUGGAGGUGGUGGUGCAGGAUUUGGUGGUGGUUAUGGAGGUGGCCCUGGUCCAUGUGGCUUUGGUGGCAGUGGUGGCUUUGGUGGUGGUGGAUUUAGUGGCAGUGGUGGCUUUGGUGGUGGUGGAUUUAGUGGUGGUGGCGGCGGCUUUAGUGGUAGUGGCUUUAGUGGCGGUAGUUUUGGCGGUGAUGAUACUGGCCUCCUCUCCAACAAUGAAAAGAUGACCAUGCAGAACCUUAAUGAACGUCUGGCAUCUUACUUGGACAAGGUGCGACGUUUGGAGGAAGAAAAUGCUAACCUUGAACAACUAAUCAGGGAGUGGUAUCAGAAGCAAGGUCCUCAAGGUGGAAGGGACUACAGCCAGUAUUAUAAAACAAUUGAAGACCUUCAAAAUCAGAUUAUUUCUGCAACUGUGGAUCUUAACAAGGUCCUUUUGGACCUUGAUAACACCAGGAUGACUGUUGAUGACUUUAGACUGAAGUAUGAAACUGAAUACGGUCUCCACCAGAAUGUGGAGAGUGAUAUUAAUGGCUUACGCCCCAUGUUAGACCAGCUGACCUUAGCCAGGUCUGACCUGGAGGCACAAUAUGAGUCCCUGAAGGAGGAAUUGAUUUCUCUGAAAAAGAACCAUGAAGAGGAAAUGAAAGGACUGCAGUCACAGUCUUCUGGUGAUGUCAGUGUGGAGGUCAAUGCUGCCCCUGGCACUAAUCUGACAGAAAAACUAAAUGAAAUGCGAGGUGAAUAUGAACGGCUCAUUGAAAACAACCGUAGAGAGGUGGAAAGCUGGUUUGAAGCAAAGAUGGAAGAAGUUAAUCAGCAAGUCCAUAGCAGCAGUCAGGAAAUGGAAUCAAGCAACCAACAAGUCUCAGAGCUGAGACGUGAAUAUCAGACACUGGAAAUUGAGCUUCAGUCUCUGCUCAGCAUGUUACAGUCUUUGCAAUCCAACUUGGAAGACACAGAACGCCGUUACAACAUGCAGCUGCAACAGAUUCAGGCCAUGAUUAUCCCUGUGGAAGAAGAACUGGCCAAUAUCCGAUGUGAAAUGGAGAGUCAGAACGAGGAGUACAAGAUGCUACUUGGUAUCAAGACUCGCCUGGAACAGGAGAUAGCUCAAUACCGGGCAUUGCUUGAGGAAGGGCAGCAAGACAUUGGAAACCAACAAGGAAGUGGUGGUGGCUAUUCUUCUGGAGGAAUAAGAGGAGGGAGCAUUGGAGGAGUUGUUCCUGAUGCCACUGCUAGCCAAGACGUAGAGUAUGAAAAAUGGACCUUGGAUUAA